GCAGUGGUCCUUCGGCCUUCCAAGCUGCGAGGCUUCAAUCCGCCAGCUGCGAGGCUGCGAGGCUCCCUUUGCCCGUGAGCGCGCGCGGUCCGCCAGCCCGUUGGCUCGAGCCAACGCGCUGGGAGGCGAAGGCCGUGAGCACUCCGCGCAAUGGCGGUGACGCACACCUUGUGCGAGGGCCUGCGAGGAUGCCAGCUGCAGGCCUUCCAGAACCAGCAAAUCGAGCACCAGAGCUCGCGGAGCUCGGCGAAGAAAGAGAUGUCGGAGUUGAAGAGUGGGCCUUUCGAGCAGGGCCACGCAGGCUAUGCCGGGCUUCCCUCCGACGCCCGCAUCCUUCGGCCGGAGAUAGAUGUCCGGCGCGCGAGCCCCAGGAAGGACCAGAUGUCCACCACGAGCCAUGGAAACGCCGAGCUCCCGCAGCGCGAGGACUACUUCAGGUCCCUGACCUCCAUGGAUCCGCCCUGCUGCGACAUCUCCCAAGUCUCGCGGAAGCGCCGGGAAUUCCGCAGCACCCUGUCUGGGCCGGUGCGGCCUCCCGCCUCAGCGCGGGCGAAAAUGGAGAGCGCGAGGCCGGCGCCACAGGCGGCCCCGCCGGCGCCGACGCCGGCGCCAGCGCCGGCGCAGGCGCCGCAGGUGCCGCAGGUGCCGCAGCCACAAGCAGCGGCGAUGCAAACGCCACGGGCAAAGGAGAGGGGAGCGUAUUUUGAGACGGCGACGCCGCGUGUGCAGUUCUCCGGGAAUUGUCCCUUCCGCUACGAGGUCUUCGAGCAGCGCCGCCAGGCGCGGGAGUACGCGGAGGUCCUCGGCCGGCCCUUCCCCGGGCGCACGGGGCCUCUCGCGGCCGCGCGAGAGCCGGGCUCGCGCGAGAUGCGCGAGGGGAAGCCGGAUGGAAGCCCACGGGUCAGCCCGAAGGUGAGCCGAUCAAGCCGCGUGAGCCGAUCGAGCUCGUGCCCCUCGUUAGCCAAUGCCCAGGUGAUCAACGAUUUGAAGUGCAAGGUGGACGGGCUCCUGCGCCAGAAGGAUCUGCUGUCGGAGCUGCGGGCGGAGCGGGCCAAGCGCUCGCCGAUCGGAAGGGCGAAGCGCUCGUCCGGCGCCGGCUCCGUGGAGGAGGGGUCCACGGCGGCCUCCACGGCGGCGUCGACGCCGGCGAAGGCGAAGACGGCGAAGGCCAACCGCAUCCAGGUCUCGAAGGAGCCCUUGGGCACGCCAGGUGGACAGAUCCGCCCGUGGUUAGAUUGAGCCGUUUAGAGCCCGGAGCUGACAUUUCCCGGGAGGGUGGUGUCUUUGGGGA